UGCUCGAUCGCCAGUAGCCAGUAGAAUUGAGGAGUGAGAGGAACUGAUCGAGGAUAGAGACGACAAUGGAAGCGUCGGCGGCGAAGCCCGUCGUCCUCCGCGUGGCCGCCAUCUCCGGCUCCAUCCGCAAGGCCUCCUGGCACCGCGGCCUCAUCCGCGCCGCCGCGGAGGUGUGCGCGGACUCCAUCCCGGGGCUUCGCGUCGACGACGUCGACGUCGCCGGCCUGCCCAUGCUCAACACCGACCUCGAGACCGACGGCGGCAGGGGCUUCCCGCCCGCCGUCGAGGCGUUCCGCGCCAGCGUCCGCGACGCCGACUGCUUCCUCUUCGCCUCGCCCGAGUACAACUACUCCAUCACCAGCCCACUGAAGAACGCGCUGGACUGGGCUUCCAGAGGGGUGAACUGCUGGGCGGACAAGCCCGCCGCCAUCGUCUGCGCGGGGGGCAACUUCGGCGGCGGCAGGUCGAGCUACCAACUGCGCCAGGUCGGGGUGUUCCUGGACAUCCACUUCAUCAACAAGCCGGAGCUGUUCGUCUUCGCCUUCUCCGAGCCGGACAAGUUCUUCGACGGCGAUGGGAACCUGAUCCACGCCGAGACCAGGGAGCGGCUCAAGCAGGUGCUCCUGUCCCUCCAGGCCUUCACGCUCAGGCUCCAGAGGAAGGAUUGAAUAAUCCAGUCUCGGGAUCACCUCGCUACAGUAAUAAUUAAUCUGCGUUUACCUUGAGCGUCUAGUAACUUUGUCCUUACCAACCGUAUAUGCAUCCCUGGAGGCUGGAACCAAAGAUAAACUGAAAUUACCCUCCAGCUUGCGCACUGUUCGUCAUUUGGUCUUGUACCGGGAUUACUCCCCAGUUUGCCUAUUGUUCGAUAAUUUGGUCUUGUACCCCAUUUCAGUUAUUGAAUGGAAGUGAUAAAUAACACCGUUCACCAGUA